AUGGCUCAGGCUCUAUAUUCGUCUUAUGCAGAUGUACUUUCAGUUUGCCAAACAAUCGAAAACGAUCUGGAAGCUGUACUAGAUCCACAGACAGGAUAUGCACCUCGGAUGCGGCAGAUAUGUCAAGAAUAUAUUGACCAAUUAGAGGACCAGCCCAAUAGCCACCAAGCAAGACAUCAAAUUGAGGUGUUACGCCUGGAGCAAAAUACAUGGGGGCUAAUACAAGCCGUGUUACCAGCGCGGAUAACAAAGUCUGCAACUGUUCCGACUGCACAAGAGUUGUUACUUGACAAUCCAUACACGCCACCGUCCACGCUCGCGCAGGCCAUACUCAACAACUCUCAUACCCUGAAAGAGCUUCUUGCCGUUCGCGAAUGGCUGCAAGAAACUGCCCCCGUACCGACACCUCCCGAAGCGAACACAGGUUACUGGAAAUUCACCAAACACACCAUUAUGCAAGGUGUACGCACAGGGCAUGGUCAACGGGAAGGCCUGGUUUCUGAGAUGGAUCCCGAUGCAAUCAACAGAGGCGAUGGGGCUGCAUUGGCACCAGACGACGCAAGCUAUGAAAAAAACUUGCUACAAGCACUUUACGCAUAUGUCCGUGCAGGACGUUUGGAAGAUGCCGUAGAAGCCUGUCGACGGGCACAUCAACCCUGGCGAGCUUCGAGUAUCCGUGGCUCUCUUCUGUUUCAGUGGAACGCUCUUUCAACGUCUCCCAUAGACAGAGAAGACGAAGACGAAGAGGAUGAGGAAAGUAUCUCCGGGAACCUCUCCAGGAAUCUAUGGAAAUCAACGUGCAUACGGGCAGCUCUAAACCCAGCGUUGUCAGAUCAUGAACGAGUCCUGUUCGCCGCUAUCGCACCUUCCUCACAAACUAGUUCUAUUCUCAAGUCCGCAUGCCGAACAUGGGAAGACCAUCUAUGGGCGGAAAUCAACAUUCUCUGGGAAGAGAAAAUCAACCAGGAGCUAGCUCGUCUAGAAAAGGGGAGCUUCUGGGCUUCCGGUGCCGAUUCGCUUGACAAAGGGUUCAUCGUCCUCACAGAGGCCGAGAUGGUGCAGCGUGAAGAAGAGUGGGAGAAGGAAGUCACGAAGACGUUGGUCAAUCUGGAUAGCACUGCUGUUGUCGAUGGCCCUCUCGCAGAGCAUGCGUUCCAUUUCUCUCAACUUCAUAUUAUCCUGGACAAGACUAACAAACUGCUGGACACAUUCGCAGAGGAUGUGAGGAAUGGCAAAUAUCCACGGAGCUCAUUUGAAUAUGACUCUAUGUGCCGCUUUUUUGCACAUUUUUGCUUAUUUUUGCAAAUGAUUGAUAUCCCUGUACCAUCAAUUUCAACACAGACCAUUCUGGAAACAUAUCUUCGAGUCCUUGAGGAAGCUGGGCAAAGAGAACUUAUUGCUUUGUACGCUGGAGCGCUCAAAACCAACGCAGUUGAACGUUACGCCGACUUCCUCGUCUCGCUGAUGCUGGCCGCCGACUUUAACGAGCGCCGCCAGGCACUUGCAAGAGCGAGCGAACACGGGCUGGACGUCGUGCAAGUGGCAAGAGUCACAGCUGAGAGAUCUCUUGACAAAGCUUUCAAUAUGCUACCUCAGCAUGGACGACUGCCAAUUGUUACCGACCUACAGCCUCCGCCAAACGAGGCUGAGACUUUCCUUCUGCGCUCGAUUGAAUGGACGACGUUUAGAGAGGAGACCUACAUCAUUGCUCUCGAGCACGCGACAGAAAUCAUCCGCUACUUCCUCUGCGAGGGCCGUACGCACCCUGCACAAAAGUUGCUUCUCCUCUUACCUGAAGAGCUCGCUGCUAUAGCGGAACCGGAGGAGAUGGCUACCGAGUACAUGCAUUACAGGCAAUUCUUCGGGAUUUGGGACGUCUUCAAGCAGAUUGUAGAGUGUCAAGCAAUGGAGAACAGCAUUACCCAUGGCCGUGGUGCAAGCAGGGAGGAGAAGGCGCGAUGGAUUGCUGAAUAUCGAGGCCUUGUUGACCAAGCUCAUGAUCAAACCCUCAAACUGUUGACCACAGAGUGGCUCGUCACUGAAGACGACGAGUAUGAUUCAGGAACGGAAGCGAAGGAAAGGCGGCAUAGAGAUCUAAUUAGAAUACGACAUAUAUUUGUACCAGAGCUCAUUAUCAAGUUGCACUAUGCGUUAUUCUACUCUCGCAAAUAUAUCCCAGAAAACUUGAAGCGUGCACUCGAACUGGCCAAUGUAGUUGCAGAUUCGCGUUAUAACCUCUUCGAAGACUUUGUGGAAGGCGGCAAAACCAUCGGUGACUAUCUGGGCGCUGUACGCCAGGCAAUCCUCGCGGGUUUGGAAGCCGAGAAGUCGUCGGACCCGUUCGCGGUCAUCACCCAUCAUCCUAAUAAUUAG